UAUGGAUGAAGACAUGGUCUCUCUGGAUCCCAUUGAAUUUCAUUCGGAGGAGGAGCCUUAUAAAAAUCGUAUCGAUUCUUAUCAAAGAAAGACAGGAUUAACCGAGGCUGUUCAAACAGGCAUAGGGCAACUAGACGGUAUUAACGUAGCAAUUGCGGUUAUGGAUUUUCAGUUUAUGGGGGGUAGUAUGGGAUCCGUCGUCGGGGAGAAAAUUACCCGUUUAAUUGAAUACGCUACUAAAGAAUUUCUACCUCUUAUUAUAGUGUGUGCUUCCGGAGGGGCACGCAUGCAAGAAGGAAGUUUGAGCUUGAUGCAAAUGGCUAAAAUAUCUUCUGCUUUAUAUGAUUAUCAAUCAAAUAAAAAGUUAUUCUAUGUACCAAUCCUUACAUCUCCUACUACCGGUGGGGUGACAGCUAGUUUUGGUAUGUUGGGGGAUAUCAUUAUUGCUGAACCCAAUGCCUACAUUGCCUUUGCGGGUAAAAGAGUAAUUGAACAAACACUGAAUAAAACAGUACCCGACGGUUCACAAGCGGCUGAGUAUUUAUUCCAGAAGGGCUUAUUCGAUCUAAUCGUACCACGUAAUCCUUUAAAAAGCGUUCUGAGCGAGUUAUUUCAACUCCACACUUUCUUUCCUUUGAAUCAAAAUUAAAACAUUAAGUUCAAUUUUUUUGAGCAAACAAGUAAUUAGUUUAUCGGAAUCCAAGUCAAAAUUAGACGAAUGGGGUUUUCUUUGUUGACAUAAGAUCUAAUUGUAUAAAGAAUCAAAAGUCACAGAAAAUCGAAAAUCCGCCCCCUUUUCUAUAUUCCUUUUUCUAUAUUCCUUAUUAUUGA